AUGGACGGCCAGGGCGUUGGUAGCAGCAGGAGGCCAGGGGCCCGGGCUGCCCUGGGCUCCCUGUCUGUGCCCCACGGGGUUUCCCAAACUGGGGCACCCUCCAAGCUCUCAGCGAAGGAGACAGCAGUCUUGGAACCAAGGGUGGCCCUGGCACCUGUGGGACCGCGAGCAGCUGUGUCACCUUCCCACGAGGCACCAAGGCUGGCUCUGGAGUCUCCCCGCCCUCCCCUUACCCGUGGAGGACAGAAAACCGCACCCGCCCACCGCAGCCCCAGCCUAGCCCCAGCAUCUGUAGGCCAGCUUUUGAUGUCUGCCUCCACUGGACCAAGCCUUCCCCCAGUGCCCGCAGGCUCAGUCCCGGCUCCAGCGUCUCUAGAGCAGCUGGUCCUCUCUGCCUCGGCUGGCCCGAAGCCUCCGCCAGCCACCCUGGGGCCCAGUGCGGCUCCAGCUUCCAGAGACCAGAAACAAGUGUCACCCACCUCCAUGAGACCCAAGCCAGCGCUGGCAGCCUCAGGCCUGAGUCUGGCCGUGGCUGCUCAGGAGCAGCUCCGACAGGUCCCUCCCAAGCCCUCCCCAGUGUCCAGUCCCGUUCUGUCACCUCCCCAGGAGCAGGCCCUGGCUCCAGCACCAGGGUGGACCCCAGCCAGACCCAGAGAUGCCUCAGCCCCUAGGCUGACCCCGCCUUCUGAGGGGCGUCUUCAGUCCCCAGCUCAGGCCACCAGUCCUGUGCCCUCCCCAGACCCCCGGCUCUCACCCUCCUUCCGAGCCCGGCCCGAGGCCUCCCGCGGCAGCCCCGAGGGUCCCGUCCUGCCACGGCCGCCACAGACCUUGCCCUUGGAUGCGGUCCAGGGCUCUGCAGAACCUGGGACCCGCUCUCCCGGACUUCUAUCCCCCACCUUCCGGCCGGGGACACUCUCAGGCCAGUCUGUGCCCCCGCCUCUGCCCAAGCCACCCCGGUCUCCCAGCCGCUCCCCUAGCCGCUCCCCGAACCGUGCCUCCUAUGUGCCCCCAGCCCCUGAUGCGGCCCUCCCUAGGCCUGGCACUCAGAGUGUGGCACCUAGCAGGUGCCCGAACCCCAUCCUCCAGACCCAAGAAGCGCCGGCUCCAGUCGCCACCUCCCCUUCUGCAGCCAUCUCACCAUCUGCCGCUUGGUCAGCUCAGCCAACCUGCAAGAGCGACCCCGGGUUCCGGAUCACUGUGGUCACUUGGAACGUGGGCACGGCCAUGCCCCCCGAUGACGUCACGUCCCUCCUCCACCUGGGCGGCGGCGAUGACAGUGAUGGUGCGGACAUGAUCGCCAUAGGCUUGCAGGAGGUGAACUCCAUGAUCAACAAGCGGCUCAAGGACGCUCUCUUCACGGACCAGUGGAGCGAGCUCUUCAUGGACGCGCUGGGGCCAUUCAACUUCGUGCUGGUGAGUACGGUGAGGAUGCAGGGAGUCAUCUUGCUGCUGUUCGCCAAGUACUACCACCUGCCCUUCCUGCGGGACGUGCAGACCGACUGCACGCGCACGGGCCUCGGGGGCUACUGGGGUAACAAGGGAGGCGUGAGCGUGCGCCUGGCGGCCUUCGGGCACAUGCUCUGCUUCCUGAACUGCCACCUGCCCGCGCACAUGGACAAGGCGGAGCAGCGCAAGGACAACUUCCAGACCAUCCUCAGCCUGCAGCAGUUCCAGGGCCCCGGCGCCCACGGCAUCUUGGACCACGACCUCGUGUUCUGGUUUGGGGACCUGAACUUCCGCAUUGAGAGCUAUGACCUGCACUUUGUCAAGUUCGCCAUCGACAGCGACCAACUCCAUCAGCUCUGGGAGAAGGACCAGCUCAACAUGGCCAAGAACACCUGGCCUAUCCUGAAAGGCUUCCAGGAGGGACCCCUCAACUUCGCUCCCACCUUCAAGUUCGAUGUGGGUACCAACAAAUAUGAUACCAGUGCCAAGAAGCGGAAGCCGGCCUGGACCGACCGGAUCUUGUGGAAGGUGAAGGCUCCAGGCGGGGGGCCCAGCCCGUCAGGACGGGAGAGCCACCGGCUGCAGGUGACCCAGCACAGUUACCGCAGCCACAUGGAAUACACAGUCAGUGACCACAAGCCCGUGGCUGCCCAGUUCGUCUUGCAUUUCGCCUUCAGGGACGACAUGCCACUGGUGCGGCUGGAGGUGGCAGAUGAGUGGGUGCGGCCGGAGCAGGCUGUGGUGCGGUACCGCGUGGAGACCGUGUUCGCCCGCAGCUCCUGGGACUGGAUCGGCUUGUACCGGGUGGGUUUUCGACACUGCAAGGACUAUGUGGCUUACGUCUGGGCCAAACACGAGGACGUGGACGGCAGUAUCUACCAGGUGACGUUCAGUGAGGAAUCAUUGCCCAAGGGCCAUGGAGAUUUCAUCCUGGGUUAUUACAGCCAUCACCACAGCAUCCUCAUCGGUGUCACGGAACCCUUCCAGAUCUCGCUGCCUACCUCGGAGCUGGCCAGCAGCAGCACCGACAGCUCGGGCACCAGCUCAGAGGGUGAGGACGACAGCACCCUGGAGCUGCUCGCACCCAAGUCCCGCAGCCCCAGCCCUGGCAAGUCCAAGCGACAUCGCAGCCGCAGCCCAGGCCUGGCCCGUUUCCCUGGCCUCGCUCUCCGACCCUCGUCCCGCGAGCGCCGUGCUGCCAGCCGGAGCCCCUCGCCCCAGAGCCGCAGGCUGUCUCGGGGCGCCCCCGACAGGGGCAACAGUGGCAGUAGCCAGGGCAGCUGUGAGGAGGGGCCUUCUGGGCUGCCUGGCUCCUGGGCCUUCCCACCAGCUGUGCCGCGAAGCCUGGGCCUGCUACCCGCCUUGCGGCUGGAGACCGUAGACCCUGGUGGUGGCGGCCCUUGGGGACCUGAGCGGGAGGCCCCAGCCCCUGCCAGCCUGUCUCCCAGCCCCCAGGGCCAGCAGGGGCUGGAGGAAGGAGGCCUGGGGCCCUGAGGGCGGACUGGAUGGAUGGGCCCAGGCGGCCCCCACUCUGCCACAAUCCUUUGCAAUCCCACUCGUCUCUCUCCUGCUGUUGCUCCAGCUGCAUCUGCACCUGUCACGCUGUCCUGGCCCGGGGAAGCUCACUGGGGUCCCCCAGAUCUCAGUCCGGCCCCUCAAACUGUGACAAUCAGCCAAGCCCUGCCUGGGCCCCCAUCUGGGGUGGUGGUGGGGAGCUUGGGCAGACGUCCGGGUCCUGGAGGUCACUCAUUAGGAAUUAAAUUCUCCAGUUCUCUUCCACCUGCUGCCUGCCUUGUUAGCAGUCUGGGCACGGGGGUCGUCAGAGGCAGGGCAGGACAGAAUUCACACUCCAUAGGCACCAGCCGCCUGCGGGCAUUUGUAUCAUUUUUUUUUUUUUUUAUCUGCACCAUAGCCUUGCAGGUUCAGUGCCAUUCUUAGACCCAUUUUCCAGGCGAUCAAACUGAGGCCUCCAAAAGUUAAGAUCAGACAGCAACGCACAGACUGGCUGUGUGCUGAAGGGGAGGAACGGUUGCUAGGUGUUAAACGCUGCGCACCUAUUGAAUCUUCAACAACCUAAUGAGGUAGCUCCUAAGACUCCCUUUCUCAGAGAAGUGGCGGGGAGGUCCCUGGUGCAAAGGCAAGGGGGAGAUUUGAAUGUAGGCUGAGGGCAGAGAGAACCGGCCAGGGGGGCUGAGCGAGGGAAUGUUAAAAACAGGGGGCCUCCCUGGGAAGAGCGGAGUUGGUAAGGCCUCUCCAGCGCCCCCUAGAGUCAGGUGUGCAUUCCUGGUUUCAGAUGUAAGCCAUUCUGGGACAACCCUAAUAUCCUCACUUGCUGCCUUGGGCCUCAGCUGCCGUGUGCUGGGGUUCCCCUAGGCAGAUCCUUGAGAUGUAUUAAUUGUGCUACAGGAGUGAGCAGGUACCCCGACACCUCCUGGGACGACGGCAAUAAGAUAUCCCCUCCCCAACGGGAUGUGAAAUCCCCUGCGGGGUCUAAGCCCAGGGAACCAGAGGGAGCCUCCUGAACACGACAUGCAGGCACAGAGGGGUUAUGUUACUAGCUCGGUGUCACCCAGCGCAGCGGGAGACAUGGCCCAGCAUUUGGGCCUUGGGUUCCGCCACAGCCAGCCUCCAGGCUGUCGGCACGUCCUCUGCCAUGCUUCAUUCUAACUCGUGGGGAGGAGGCCGGGACUCCCAAGGCCUGGCAAAGCCAAGGGCGAUGCCCAGUCUGGUGUUCGGGAGAGCUGGAGCUGGGGUCAUUGGCUCGGGACCUCGUGCUGCCCGUUGGGUCUCCCAGGCUGCCUGGGUUAACUGCAGGCACAGCUCAUAGAAUGACACGGGAGCCCCGGGGGACUCUGACAGCCACGGCUGCCCUGCCACUGGGUCUUCCUCCUGGAGCUUAAGCCGAAGCCGCCGGAGAUGCUGAGCUGACACCUUGAUGGCCCUGGGGUCCCUGGCACAGCUGUGGGGACAGAGGGGAGGGGAGCAGGUGGUCAGGGCGCUGGCCCCGAUGUCACCCUGCUCUGCAGACAGACAAGGGAGCCGGCCCAGAGAGCAGCAGGACUGGGGCCAGAAUCACCUGCAAGGCAUGGUGGGAGGAGGGGGAGGCUGGGUUAUACCUAGAAGGGGGCGUAAUAAACCUGGGCUGGUACCCAGAGGCCCAAUUCCUGCCACGAGCCGGCUGUGGAAACCAGAGCCAAUCUGGGCCUCAGUUUCUCCCUCUGUGAAAUAGGCCACGAGAUGCUGGCUUUGAAAACCAGAAUCCAAUUGAGGUUGUGGAUUAGGAGCAAGCCGUGGCCGUUUUCCUGUGCGUGAGUCAGGCCUUGAGCAAUAUU